AUGUCGCUCAACUCCUCCACAUUAAUUGAGCAGUAUCCGCUCAUCUUCUCGCGAGAGAGCGAACAGCGCUCCAAGCACGCCUCCGCCGCCGGCUCCGACGGAAUCUCCGACGGAGUCUUCACUGAGCGGCUGCGCGCACACGCCGACGAGGAGUACUCGAGCAGCGUCUGUGCCGCCGUGAGGUCGCGGCUGGGCUGGCUAGCACUAUUCCUCGUCGGCCUCUGGGGCGCCGCGUUCGUCAUCGACUGGUUCGAGCACAUGCUGCAGCGCAACGUCGAGCUCGCCCACUUCGUGCCGCUGAUCAUUGGCCACGGAGGCAACGCCGGCUCGCAAGCUGUUGGCAGCGUGAUCCGCGCGCUCGCGGCCAAGGAGCUCGACCCGUCGCUGCGGCUCCGCCUAGAUGCUGCGUCAAAGCGCGCCACCUUCGCGCGGGUGGUUUCGCGCGAGACGCUGGUCGGCGGGCGGUGCGGCGGCGACACGGCGACCCUUCCUCUGCUGGCAGCGCGGCUCGGAUCGAACCCGGCGCUGACGUCGGCGCCGCUGAUGACCACGGUCAUCGACUCGAGCGGGCUGCUGAUCUACUUUCUCGUCGCGUGGGCGUACUACGACUUUGGCGAGGCGCACCACCUGGUUGACCAGCACCACUCGCUGCCUCACCACCACGGCGGGCGCAGCACGCACGGCGGGCAGCGCGGGCCGGGCAGUCAUCCGUUGAGGAAUCUGACGGGCUUUUAG